AUGGAUUUUCUCCUGGUUCAGGUCCAGGGAGAGAUCCAGGAGAUAGUGAAGACUGGACUCUGGGUUGGUGACUGCUUCAUCUACACAACCUCUGUGAACAGACUCAACUACGUUGUCGGGGGAGAGAUUGUCACGAUUGCUCACUUGGACAGAACCAUGUAUUGACUGGGUUACAUCCCCAAAGAUAAGUUAUACCUGGGAGACAAGGAGCUCAACAUCGUCAGCUACUCCCUGCUGGUCUCAGUCCUUGAGGACCAGACUGCUGCCAUGAGUAGGGACUUUGGAGUGGCCGACAAGGUGCUUCCCACAAUAUCUCAAGAGCAACGGACCAGAGUUGCCCACUUCCUGGAAAAACAGGGUUUGAAGCAGCAGGUGUUAGCACUGUUGACAGACCCUGAGCACAGGUUUGAGCUGGUCUUGCAGCUGGGAAAAUUGAAGCUUGCCUACCAGUGGGCUGUAGAAGCAGAGUCAGAGCAGAAGUGGAAGCAGUUGGCAGAGCUGGCUAUUAUUGUGUGUGAGUUUGGCCUGGCCGAGGAAUGCCUUCAUUAUGGAAAGGAUUACGGCGGCUUACUCCUCCUUGGCACUGCGUCCGGUAACACCCCUAUGGUGGGCAAGCUGGCCGAUGGAGCAGAAAUCAAUGGUGUAACUGUUGUUCUGUCAUCAUUUCUACACAGACUGGAUCAAUGUUUGGAGCUUCUGAUCAGAACCAACUGCCUACCCAAAGCUGCUAUCCUGGCUCACGCGUACCUGCUCAGCCAGGUGUCCCGUGUGGUCAAACUGUGA